ACUGUUUAUGACACAGGGCGUUCAUUCUUAGCUGGGUUCCGGUGAAGUGUCUCUCGGUGUUUCGCGGUUCUGCCAGCGGGAUGCAGCAUUGGACGCGUUUUCCCGGAGUGAGCGGAGCGCUGAAACCGGAAGCACCGGAGAGAGAGAGAGAGAAGCGGGCGAACCCGGGACCGAGUAAAGUGACCCGCUGCUUCCGACGGACUACAGACGAUCCGCUGAGCUGCGCCGACACUCCUACCGGAAUACAGCGAUCACCGCACCUUACCGGCGACUCCUCUACCGCCACCGAGCUCUCACCGCGACGCUUCAGCUCCGCUAGCUAAUAAUCGCUCUUUGAGGACGCGUUUGACCUGCGGCGCACCUGCGCGUCCCGCGGAAGACAUGGACGGAUCACCGGGGACCGAAACCGACAGGAGUUCCGCGCUCCGCACCGGAAGACGAAGAUCCGACGGUCUGCUGGCCAUCAUCUUCAUCAUGUGUCUCGAAGUCUUCAUCAUCCAGGCGUCUUCGCUUCAGUUCUCCGAAGAGCCCCAGUCUCAGGAUGCGUUACACGGCCGCAGUGCAAUCCUGCGCUGUGAGCUCAGCGGCCCGGCGGACAUGCGGUUCUGGUGGACGCAGGACGGCCGGCGUGUGGACGACUCGGACUGGCGCUUUCAGGAGGGCAGUAACCUGAAGUUCACCGCGGUGGACCGUCACGCAGACACGGGCAGCUUCCAGUGUGUGGCGUCCAGCAGCUCCACCGGAGAGACCGUGAGCUCCGCCAGCGCCUCCUUCAACAUCAAAUGGCUGGAGAGGGGGCCGGUCACCAUGAAUGAACCCGCCUCAGAGGCGGAGCUAGAGGAGGCUGAGCGAAUCGUGCUGCAGUGUCACAUUGAUGGACAUCCACGGCCGAGCAGUAAAUGGUUCAAAGAUGGAGAUCAGCUGGACAGAAAGGACAGGAUCCUCAUGCUGACCAACCUCAGCACAGGCGAUUCUGGGAUAUACUCCUGCUGUGCUCAAAAUGCUGCAGGAAAAGUGUGCAGUAACCACAACAUCACCCUCAAUAUCAUCGAUGAGUCUGUUCCCCGUGUGCUGGUGGCUCCGGUGGAUCAGGUGGUUUUGCGUGAUGAGGAGGCCGUGUUUCACUGUCAGUUCAGAGCGAAGCCGCCGCCGCUGAUCGAGUGGUUCCACAACGCAGAACCCGUCGUCAACAAAUCACGGUUUGUGGUGUACGCUAACGGCACACUGCACAUCAGUCAGGUGAAGCAGCGCAGCACAGGUGUGUAUAAAUGUGUGGCUCAGUAUGGAGAAAACAAACAAGUACAUGUGGAGGCAGCGCUCAGGAUCGCAGAGAUCGCAGACAUGGGUGAGCCCAUGUUCUGGGUUUUCACGGCGGGCCGCAGUGAGCGUGUGCGCUGUGAUCCACCGCAGGGUCAGCCGGAGCCACAGGUGUGGUGGGAGCGUGCGGGAGCUCGUGUGGCGUCUGAGGGUCGAGUCCAUCAGCAGGACGGAGAUCUGAUCUUCAGCCCCACAGACGGAUCAGACUUGGGCAUCUACACGUGUGUCGCCCGCAACACAGCCGGACAGAAGCAGCAGGAGCUCGUCGUCACUGUAGCCACCUCUCCAGAAUGGAUCGUUCAGCCGCAGGACACACGCGUCGAGGAGGGUCAGCCGGGUUUCCUGCACUGUCACGCACGGGGCACGCCAGAACCACGGGUCACAUGGUACCGCAAGAGCAUCCCGAUCAGUGAGGAGGGCUCUCGUUAUAAGCUCUUCUCUAACGGGACGCUGAGGAUCAACAGCGCAGAGCUGAAGGACGCUCAGACGUACAGCUGUGUGUGUGUGACGGAGGGCGGAUCGCUCAUCGGACACGCGCAGGUUCUCAUACUGGAGAAGUUGAAGUUCACGCCCGUCCCGCAGCCGUCGCAGUGUCUGCAGCUGGACAGAGAGAGCAGCGUCAGCUGUGUUGCUGCAGGACGAGAGAUGCCCAUCAUACACUGGAGCAGAGCAGACAGCGCUGAUCUCCCGUCUCACGUGAGUCAGAUGAACGGAGUUCUGCGCUUCAGAACAGUGACCCGCGCCGAUGGAGGAAACUACACAUGUGUGGCGUCCAGCAGCGAGCAGGGAGAGAUACGAGCGCACGUCCAUCUCACUGUAGGAGUUCACGUGGAGUUUAAGCUGGAGCCGGAGCAGACCACAGUCUAUCAGGGUCACACGGCCGUGUUUCACUGCCAGGCGUCAGGUGACCCGCAGCCGUACGUCCAGUGGAGGCUCAAAGACAAACUACUCAGCAGCAGCAGCUCCAGCAGGUUUCAGAAGAUGCCCAACGGCUCUCUGGUCAUUAGUGAUGUGACCACUGAGGACACGGGUGUGUACACCUGUAUCGCAGGAAACACCUGCAACAUCAGAGACACCGCAGCGCAGCUCUAUGUCGUGGAGAAGCCUGUGCACCCGCGCAGUGAAGACGAGGAUAAGAGUCAGUUUAAGAUGUUCCAGACGAUCGCGCUGUCGGUGGCCGUGGCCGUGGCGUACAUCAUUGCUGUGCUGGGACUGAUGUUCUACUGCAAACAGAGACGCAAGAGCAAACGGCUGCAGAAGAACCGCGCCGGAGAAGAGCCCGAGAUGGAGUGUCUGAACGGUGUUCAGCUGAAUGGCCACAGGAUGUCUGAGAUCCAGGAAGAAGUGGCUUUAAGCAGCAUGAGACCUUCAGCAGACUCAGAGAAACAGCAGAGCUGCGGUGACAAGCUGCACUUUCCCAGAGCGCACCUGCAGACCAUCACCUCACUGGGUAAUGAAUCAGCAAAACAGAACCAAACUCACUUCAGUUCACUUUUACAAUAAUAAUCAUUUAAAAGAUUUUACAUUAUGAUGAUAUUUGCUUCUAGAUUU